AUGAGCUUACUCUCAAGACUGAACAGGAGAUAUUUGCUGGUCCCAAAGAUUUUGUACAUUGCCAUUAGUAUGCAGCAUUACACGCUGCACAAGUUCAGACCUUUGUUUGCGAAAGAAAUGUUUGGAAUUGGAGAAAGCGAGCUGGGGACUGUAGGGCUUCUGAUGUUUGUAACCUUCUUUACCAAUGUACUUCUUGCAACAAUGAACGACAGAUUCGGAAGGUCAAGGAUUUUUAUGGUGAGUCUGCUGUCUCUGUCCUGCUUUUUUUUCCAACUGUUUUACGUGGAAAAAUAUAUAAAGGGCGUUCGCCUUAUGUUCUGGGCAAACCUUUUCGCCUACCUUGCAACCAACACGCCAAUCAUGGCCUUACUGGACAAGAUUGUCUUGGAUUAUCUAAACACCUUUCCAGAAGUGAGCUCCAGGGACUACGGGAAACAAAGGAUUUGGGGAACUAUGGGAUACUUUAUCAGCAUCUUUUCCAUUGAGGCAAUCAUCAGAAUGGGGAUGACUGGAGGCGGAAUCGACUUCACAAAUCUUAGGUACUACUCUCUUGCUACAACUAUUAUCGGAGUGGCUUUAGUGAUGAUGUUCCUGAAAGAAUCAGGGAGUGAAUGCAGGGGCCCUAGCCAUAAUACUAUGGCCGAGUGGAAGGAAUUGGCAAGAAAUGGAAACUAUUUGUUUUUCAUAUUUAUAAUUUUCCUGAAUGGAUUUACACGUGCUGCAAUGACAAUCUAUCUCCCGGUAUAUACCAGAUACGUGCUCAACGUAAGGCCAUACACACUUCCUACGUCCUGGCCCGCGUGGAUAAAAAGUGGAAUAUGGGUCUUCAACAGCCUUCCAUUCGCCACCAUCACCGUGUUUGAGAUUUCGCUGGAGGUCGGAAUUCUAUUCUACUUCGAUGCUAUUGCCAGGAAAAUAGGACUGUUUUGGCCGUUACUCCUGGCUCAGGCAUCCCAGGCGGUCAGAUUUGGAUUGUACCUUGCUCUUCCCCGCACAAGCCCCCACGUGUUCGCCUUUUGCUGUCUAUUCGAGAUGUUUAAGGGAAUAAACUUCGGACUGACGCAUGGGUCAGGGGUGCAGUUGGCCGGGAAAAUGUGUCCUCCCCACCUGAAGGCAACAUCCCAGAUGAUAUACAACGGAACUUUCACUGCGCUGGGGUCAGUAACAGCAGGGCUUUACUUCCAAUAUAUAUUCAAGAACGACGAGGCCUUAACCCCCGAAGACACGAUAAAGAGAAAGGUAGAGUCAUUUAGGACGUUCUUCAUGUCCAAUAUCCUUGUAACAGUCAUGGCAAUCCUUUUAUUCUUUUUCAAGUACGAGGUUAGGGAUGGUAAGCUACUUGGUGCUUUUUCUUCGCGUAAAAAGGUCUUGGAGAAAGAUGUAAGCGGACGUAGACCAUCUGUCGGGAAGAUUGAGGAAUCUGUCAACGGAAAUUAA